ACAAGGUUGAAAGAGGUGGUGAUCGUUGACGAUCGAGAGUAUGAGGCCAGUUUUGAAGCAUGGAAGAGUCCCGUUGAACUACAAUGGGACCGUCUCAUGGACCGCAAAGAUCAUCCAUGGGUUAAGUUUAUACACCCUUCACCCAUGGUGCGCCCGUUCCUGCGUGCGGCGGCGGAUGGCGCUUUCGGGGAAGUGAUAAAUGGGGAAGGGGUCCAGACCAUAGACGCGGCAGGAAGGGAGGAGAUCCGCUUCAACCUGCAGCCACCUUUGAGGCACAUUGGUCUGCAAUGCUUGACGCUGAAUUUGAACUGCCACGGCCGACCGCAGGUAAGAUAUCUCACUAGCGAGACCCCAUGGUGUGAGUAUUGUCACCGCCACGGCCAGCUGGCCGGGGUGGCAGGGUGCUUAUCUCUGGAAGGGACAAAGAGGGAGCUGGUCCGACUGGAGGCGAAACUGAGGGACGACCCGGGUAGGCCAUGGGAUGUUGGGGCUGAAGUGGAAGGAUGGGCGUGCUUUGAGCAAAGAUUCGACAAAGUCAUUAGUGCGGAACUGCUGCUUGAGGAAAGUCUAGGUGAGGACCCGAUGCAGGAAGCGACGGGAACAACAUCGGCACCGGCCCGACCACAGAAUGAUCAGGCAGGACGCGUGGAAAGGGAGUUGUCGUCCGCUGACGGUCCUCACCCGGAGUUGCAAGACCCUAUGCAGGGAGUGGCGACUCAACUGGCCGCCGUUGCUACGCCGGUGCUAGCAGCGGGGUUGCAGAACCCAAGGCAGGGAGUGUCGGGUCCAACACCGCCACUUAGUGACCUACCAACUGCUAACAGCGUCGACUGGCGCCUGACUAUCGAGCACGACCCCAUGCGAGGAGUGCUGGUUGAAGCAGCGGAGAUGGAUCAAUACUUGGGUGUGGGACGCUCACCGAGGGCCAUGGACCCUAUUGACAACGGUCGGGAAGUGCCACAGGCUGCUGAGACACAAGAAUUGGUUCAUAUGGCAAGUAUAGCUAGAUUGUCGUCAGACAUGAACGAACAGGCACAAGAUAGGGUGGAAUAUACGAGGAGGAGGGCUGGGCAGCAGGUGGCCGGAGAGACUGCACAGGAAAAGGCGUUGAGCGCGCCCAAUGAGGUGAGGGUGCUGGGAACAGGAGGGCCCGGUGCCGACGGGUCGGAGGCGUUCAUGAAGGAAGUUGACACGGCAGGGAUUGUCACCGCGGGGAGCAAGGACGGAGCCGACUACGAAGAAGACAGUGUGGGUCGGCGGGGACUGUUAGCAUGGAUUGAAGACAUGGACAGAUGCCCCGUGACGCGAUCGACGUGGACCUCAGAUGUGGAUGAACAAUGGGAUGCUCUAUGGCGCGCCAGGCACCCGCCUGAAGAAUCAUGGUGAGGGUCGGCCUCAUGGUCUAUUGAAGGGAGACAUCCUCAAUGUCGAAUUGGGCUGGGGUUUCGAGGCUUCUGUGCUGCCACACUCGCAAUGACGUUCCCCCAAGCUCAGCCAUCUGGUCAAAACAAAAUGGGCACCCAAGA